AUGAGCAAGGUUGAGCUCGACCAGAUGCGGCUACCCAACGAACUACUCUUAUCCAACCCUUGUGACCUUGUCAUGCCGCUUAGGAACGCCCGCACCUACACAGAAUUCAUUAAAGGAGACGCUACUUCCCCCAGCACGGUGUUCGAUAAGCGAAACUCCAAGGAAUAUUUGCAGCGCGAAUAUAAAAUACUAGCAGCACUUUUAGCAAAACGCGGGCCGUCAUGGCUUGGCACGGGGUAUAUAGGCUCCUCGGCCUCCGUAUCUUCACACGAUAGUCGGAUGUGUCGUCACACGAUGGUCGGAUGCGUCGGCACCAUAGUCGUAUGCAUCUCAGCAUGCAAUACAUUCAAUGCAGUUCCUCAUGCCUCUGGUGCCUCACAUAGCCUCACAGUAUCUCUGCCUCCGACCCUAAGGUUUACUCUCGUUAGCCCCCCUAUCCUGCAUUCCCUCUCUGUGCCUCGUGCUUCCUUCCCGAUACCUCUCACACAGGCGCUUAAAUCCAUAGGAUCAUCGACACAACUAUAUGCACUAAGCGACAGCCAAAAGGGAUGCACAACAUCCCCCUGGAUGCUGAGUCCCAUCCAAAUCUUUGAUCUAGUCUGCUUGCGGGUCCUCAUAAGCCCAACCUAUUACAAUUGCGCCCUCCUUGUACAAUACUCUUGA